AAAAGAAAGACACGUUCGUUCGUAAACGUAGUGGUAUCUCAAAGAACAUAGUAAGGCCAAGAGAGAAAGGUCUUUGCCGCAUACUCGUAAGGCUAUCCACAUUACGCGUGGUAGCAUUUAAAUGAAUAUAUUUGCGUAUAUUAUCCCAAGCAUAGACGAGAUAAGAAUAUUAUCUAUAUGUUACCAUAAAAUUAUUGUUAAAAGAAAAAGAAAGUAGGAGUGUCAUCGAUCGAGGAAAUGGAACAAGGAAAAAGAGAUACGCGUCAUAAAACGAUUCACCAUUUAAAGGAGUCAAUAAAAAUAGAUUAAAGAAGUAGGAGCAUCAGGGAGACAUCCGACGCCCCCUGCCAGCUACCCUUCUCUUCCGACUUCUCUCUCUCUCUCUCUUUGUCUUUCGCUCUCUUUCUCUCUUUCUCUUUCUAUCUAUCUGUCUCUUUUCAUAUCUCUUUCCUCUUCUCCUUCGCUCUUCUUUGACCUUCUUCUCUCCAUAGGCUUCCUUAUCCCCUCCUUUCCUUCUUCCGAAUACUUCUCCUUGAGGUCGGUCAGAGGCAUCGUCCUUCUCAUGUACUGUACCAAAGACGGCGGCAUUAGGAGAAAGAAGGAGAGAUAGUCGCACCCUGACCCACAAGUGGGCAUCGCUCUUCUUUCGCUCCAAUCAGUCAGUCAGUCAGUCAGUCAGUUAGUCGAACGGACGGUAAAACGACGGAUGAUAUUCUCCGCGUUAUAAUUCUUGAUCAUCGAAUUAUUCGUGAUAAAAUCGUUGUUUUACGGGCACAUGACAUCCAUUAACGAUAGUGUAUUCAAAAACAUUUCUCUUUUUUACAAAUCUUUUUACAUUCUUGACGAAUAAGAAGAAGAGGAUAUACUUUAGCGAUAAGAGAAAGAAAAAGAGAUAUAAUAAAAGACGAUAUAGAAAAAGAAAGAAGAAGAAAGAUUAAAGAUGAUACUAAGAACAGCCCUAAGGGGCAUCGUCCUUUUCGUUAUACUCAUCGGUAAAUCGGUCGAUGCUCAAGACGAUGAUUCUCUAGCCGGCAGCUUCUUAUCAGGAAAAGAAAGCGAUUAGUAACAAAUCCGGAACAAGUAGAAAUCUUUUUUCUAAUGACGAAUACCUACAUCAAAGAUCAUGGUAAUAGCACGUAUUUAUAACGUGUAUACUACGAUGUGACAACGCUUGAAGGUGAUCGAUGAAAUAAAGAAAGAAAUAAAGGAAGAAAGAAAGAAAGAAAGAAAGAAAGAAAGAAAGAAAGAAAGAAAGAAAGAAAGAAAGUGAGCACAGAGUGUCUGUAGAUACAUACGUACGAGUCGAGGUUUCGAGAAAUAGAAAUUCGCAUACGCGCGCGCGUAUGCGGCGCACGCUUUUAUAGGUAGAAUCUGGAAGGAUGCGACUGUCCCACUUAGGAACUGUAUAGCGUGCUAUGCGGAUAACGUUCGAUUCGUUGGCGGGUAUGAAGACUGCCUGCCAAAUGAAAAAAGUGGUAUACGUGGACACCUCUUUGAUGAUAACGAAUAUAUUAUAAAUAAUAGAACGAAUGUUAAACAAUCUCAAUGAAUUUCUAAGAAUUUAUCUAAGUAUCAUAUUUACCGUUCUCACGUUAGGAACGAAAAAUAAUCAACGAUAAAAUGAACGCAUAGUCGAUAUCCUCAUAACUAAUAACGGUUCUUAAACUACACACUGGUUUAUUUAUUUUCUUUUUUUUCUUUUUUUUUCUUUUUUUUUAUUUUUUUUUUUUUUGUUCUUUCAUUCAAGAAAUAGAAAGAAAUAGAGUUUCAACAAAGUUGAAUGAAAGAAAAUGAUGGGAUGCGUGUGAGAUUAGAGGAUUCAAGAAGAAGGUAUCUAUUAUAAUGAUAAUGCUCCUAUUCGAAAUAAACCAAUAUUCGAGGAGAUUCGUGCAUCAUAGUCGAGUUCGAAAAACUAUUAAGUUAGAUAAAGCGAGAGGCACGUGUAUAAGAGCCGUCUUCGACUACACGCGACGAGUCAAGGCGCUCGUUAACUACCGUUAUGUUUGUUUGGGCCGUUAUGCCUGCCAAAGUGAAACCAACUGGCUUUCCUCGAUACGUUGCGUGCAAAUAUCACGGAUACUACUUGCCGUUUUCGUCUAUCACGUACGACUAAACGUCCUCGAGAAUUAUCUUUGCUAAUUUUUUUUCUUAACUUUCUUAAUUGAUUUUUUGUCUUUCUUCUAGAAGCGAAAUCAAUGAUAAUAGUAUUUGGAGAUUUAAAGAAAUAGAAAAACGUAAACUUUUCCUGGUCACGCUAACCAACAGUAUAAUUGUACGAGUUAACCGGAAGUUCCUUCGUUGCUUCUAUCGCUUAACGGAUCACGCGAAUCACUCUUCUUACUUAUACCAUUAAAGUACACGUAUGACAUUCCAUUCUCGAUAUAUAUAUACAUAUAUACACACAUACAUACAUACAUACAUAUCUAUCUACCUACCUACCUACAUACGUACAUACAUGCAUACAUACAUACAUACAUACAUAGAAUAUAUAUAUUUAUAUAUUUCCCAAGUAAACCAUCGAAUUCCUAACAAAAUAAAUUUUGAUGUAAAUUAUAGGAUAAUCGAUAAAAUAUAAUACUUUAGGAAAUAAAUUCCCAACAGGUCGUUAACUCCUCCCUGCGGUAUCUAAUGUCAAGAUCAAGUUCAGUCAUCCUUGACCACUUUGUAAGCCGAUCGUAGAAUUACGUAUGCAGGAAUUUCUUAGCGGCUCUUGAUGCUCACACAGCUGCACUCGAUAUACAGUUAUCUUUAAUGUUAAAUUUAGGAUAGGGGAAGCACAUGAUACGAUAGCACGGUUUAUAAUAGUUCCUAUAUUUGUUUGUGUAUCCUUUCCGAGUAAGAUUUUCUUUUUAAAAGGUCUCUUGGAUUCUAUAACCAGCACGGCAAAGAGCGCGGAUUGUCCUGGCGUUUGCGUCCAUGCACUUGCAACCUUGAUGUGCGAUGAAGUACUCGAGGAUGUUCAAUGUCCAGCGAGUAGCAUGCGAUGUUGUAUUAUCGAGCCGGUUAAUUCUUCUUCUUCAUCGUCUUCCGAUGAAAAUCUCAUCGAACAAACAACUACUCCUAUAGUUUUGUCGACUACAACUCCGUCUACGACGACGACGACGACGACGACGAUGACGACAACGGCGGCAGCAACGACGACGACGACGAUGAAAACGACUACUUCGCUUGUCUCUACAUCGGUUUCUACUGUACCGAGUAAACAAAACGAGCCAGCUGAUAAAUCUCAAGGAAAAACGUGCUCGGGAAUAUGUAUGCCAGAAAGGAUAGCCGAUUAUUGUGAUGCUAUACUCGCUAUAGACUCUCUCUGCAAGUUGGGACACAAAUGUUGCGUCACGAGAGAUGCUUUUGGUGAUUCUCCACCAGCAGAAUUAUUGGUGAUCGAUCGAACAAACGCAAGUCGAUACAAUAUAUCUAACAAAAAUGGUAUGUCUUCUCAAACGAGUACGAGACCUGGUAUUCACUCAACGAAUCCAUCAAUGGCUACGACGACGACAACUAGUACGGUAUGGACAUCUACUAAACAACCGUCGACGGCAAUUACGACAACAACGAGUACGACGACGAUGCAAACAAGACCAAAACCUACUUUGAGAAAACCAUGUAAAGGCGAAUGUACCAGCGGCCUAUAUGCUCUCUUCUGCGACAACAUUGAUACAGAAGCAGAUUGUCCAGGAGAUAGAUCUUGUUGUAUUACCGAAUUACUUGUAAAAGAGGAAGCAACGACGACCGUCCGUCCAACUACAAGGCCUUCGCCUCCUCAACCUAAACUGCCACCUUGUCCUGGUUUCUGCUUGCUGACAAUCAUGGCAGCAUUCUGUGAACGACCAAACGUGAUUAUUGCUAAAACAUCCACUUGUCAAUCUGGAUCGAUUUGCUGUGACAACACGAAAAGUCCGCCGCAGACUCCAAGACCACGACCGAGACCUACGACGAGACCAACAACCACCAUAACUUUACCACCUGAUCCACGUCCGGAGUGUCCUGGUUCUUGCAUCGUAUCCUACUUAUCCUUCACUUGUUUCAGAAAUGCAGAAUUAACGAAUUUGUUCAAGUGCAAGAAACAGGGACAUCAAUGUUGCGCCCCGAAAUCAUUAAUCAGAGAACUUCACGGUGGAAAUAGCAGUGAACCGAUUUUGACUAACAGAAAUGAUACUUACAACAAUAUCGUUACGUCUAGACCACAUACGACAGACUUUACUCCAACAAUUUACGAAACGACAACAAUGACGAUAUCGACGACUACAAAGAGUCCAGUGUACAGUAAAUAUGUAUGCGGUGUAAAAGGAACUUCUCGUGGCCCGAUUCAAGCUCGUAGUUCCGAAAGAGUUGCACGUGUAGUUGGGGGAGAAGAUGCAGAUGCCAAUGAAUGGUGUUGGCAGGUUGCUCUUAUUAAUUCUCUUAAUCAGUAUCUUUGUGGUGGAGCUCUUAUCGGUACUCAAUGGGUAUUGACAGCAGCUCAUUGUGUCACAAAUAUCGUAAGAUCCGGUGACGCGAUCUACGUGAGAGUUGGAGAUCACGAUUUAACUCGCAAGUAUGGUAGUCCUGGUGCGCAAACGUUAAGAGUCGCUACUACUUACAUUCAUCACAAUCACAACAGCCAAACUUUAGAUAACGAUAUAGCUCUAUUGAAAUUAUAUGGCCAAGCGGAAUUAAAAGAUGGAGUUUGUCUUGUUUGUUUACCUGCUAGAGGUGUUAGUCAUACGGCUGGUAAACGGUGUACAGUUACUGGCUACGGAUACAUGGGUGAAGCUGGUCCCAUUCCUCUUCGAGUACGUGAAGCAGAAAUACCGAUUGUUAGCGAUGCCGAAUGUAUAAGGAAAGUAAACGCUGUGACGGAAAAAAUCUUUAUACUUCCAGCUAGUAGUUUUUGUGCCGGUGGAGAGCAGGGCAAUGAUGCGUGUCAGGGUGAUGGAGGAGGUCCAUUGGUUUGUCAGGAUGAUGGCUUUUACGAAUUAGCAGGUUUAGUAUCGUGGGGCUUUGGCUGUGGAAGGUUGGAUGUUCCUGGUGUUUAUGUUAAAGUAUCCGCCUUUAUUGGUUGGAUAAAUCAAAUCAUAUCAGUGAAUAAUCUUUAAUCGUCUUAUACAUGCUACUGGAAGAGUCCGAAAGAACUGAAACGUUUAUUUAUUAUUAAUAAAACGUUAAUACACUUUGGUGCGCAUUGCGUUGUAAUAUGUUUAACGACGUAGUGCACGCGUAACGAGGAUGACGAAUAAAUUGUUUACAGUCGUCAUCGGAAGCAUUGAAUGCCUGUGCCAAAAAAUUAUAUUUUAUAAAAUGCUAAGCUAAUUUUUUUGUUAUGCGUGCAACUCUGGGAUUUUUGAAUAAUAAGUAAACAAGAGGCUCGAUAAAAAAGUCCCAUUUUUUUUUUUUUUUUUUUUUUUUAGACAAACGUGUGCUCCAUUUUUGCGCACUUGUGACAAUAAGAAGAACAAUAUUUUUCUAAUGUCAAAGGGUCCAAAAUAAAUUUCUUUUCUGUGCACUCAUGUGUACGCGGAUAAUAAUUUAAAUUUAUCUUUUAUGUAUUAGAAAACAAAAAAAGAAAG